AUGAAUGGACCAAGAGGCUCAAACGUAGUAUUUGUUGGAAAUAUACCUUAUGAACUUACCGAAGAGCAACUAACAGAGGUGUUUAAAGAAGUUGGACCUGUAGUUUCCUUUCGGGAUAAUGGAAGGCCGCGAGGAUACGGUUUUUGCGAAUAUCAUGACGCCGAGACGGCAGCAAGCGCCGUACGAAAUUUAAAUAAUGUGGAAGUCGGAGGUCGACAAUUGAGGGUUGAUUAUGCCGACGGUGAUCCGGCGAUUAAUCCUACAAUAAUCCCUCAACCAGAUAGACCAAACGUCGAAAGACCCUUACCACCACCUGCUCAACCUCAACAAACCGUAACACCACAGCCUACUUCACAACAACAGCAAUCCGCGAUAGAAAGCAUAUCACAAACGGUUCAACAUUCGAUGACUCAGGCUCAACUUCUUGAGAUUUUGUCUACCAUGAAAUUGUACAUUCAAACACACCAAGAUCAAGCUCGUUUAUUGUUAGCACAAAAUCCUCAACUGUCCUAUGCAUUAUUUCAAGCAAUGGUACAACAUAACUUUGUUGAUCCUUCAAUAUUACAGCGAGUUUUACUUCAUAAUAAUUCUCAAGCGCAAGUUCAACCCGCCCCUGUACAAAAUCAACCAUCGCUAGUCCCUGGCACAAAUUAUGUUGCACCUAAUGUGCCUAAUCCAACCACCGUACCUCCACAGAUUCAACCGAAUAUUUAUCCAUCGAUUCCACAACAACCUCAACCAAUUAUUCAGCAACCUAUUCAGCAACCCAUACAACAGCCCAUACAACAACCUAUGCAACAACCCAUGCAACAACCUAUACAGCAGACCAUGGGCAUUCCGGUAAUGAAUGCCGGAAUGAUGUCGGUAAUAGGAAACGUUGGCGUCAAUCCUAAUACAUCAGUGGUUUCAGGGAUGAAUUCGGGAAAUGUUGGCAUGAACGAUUUACAAAUGCAAGAAGCACAAAAAUCGCAACUUUUACUCCAAGUCCUUAAUCUUCCUCAACAAACGAUCGACAUGCUGCCGCCAGAACAACGUAAUAAUGUGUUGGCUUUAAAACAACAGCUUUUACUUCAAACCCGGCAGACGUAA